AUGGCGCCCCGCUCCUCUGUCGCACCCGUCCUUUGCGCCGUCCUGUGGGUGGCGCUGUCGCUGACGGGGCACGCCAGAACGCUCCCUUCCGAGGUUGACAAGCUACUCGCGCUCAAGGUUGAGCUCGAGGCGCGGGGUCUGUCGUACCUUUUGGACACGUGGAGGUGUCCCGAGGUGGGUACGUGCGAUCCCUGCGGUGCGAGCGCGGGCGCGAACGACAACUGGGGCGCAUGGCACUACGUCGCGUGCAGGGUCGUCCCCGACAGGGAGUAUCGCGCCGCGGUGCGAGCCGCGGGCGUCACCGAGUCGCGAGGCUCCGGGAGAUACGGCCUGGUGACCAACGUUCACCUCUCCGACCUCGCCAUCGAGGGAACCCUCGACUCCAUGCGCGACGUGCUGUGCCCGUUCACGCACCUGCGCGAGCUGGACAUCGACGGCGGCAGGCUCAAGGGUCCCGUCCCGAGGUGGAUCGGCGAGUGCUUCCCUCGGCUCCUCGAGCUCGACCUGUCGCACAACGAGCUCUCGGGCUCCGUCCCUGACGACGUCUGGCCCCUCGUCCCCAACAUCGAGCAGAUCAAGCUCGAGGACAACAGGCUCACCGGCUCGAUACCCCCCGUGCUGGCGACGUUACCCAACCUGCGGGUCCUGUGGCUCGACGAAAACGAUCUCAGCGGGACCAUACCGCCGGAAUUCGGCGCUUCAAACGCGUUCCCGCGAAUUUUAUCGCUCAACCUCGAGGACAACCCGAAGCUGUGCGGCGCCGCCCCGAACGAGCUCGCCGUGGACUGGAGGUGGCACCUGGACAAUCAGGCCGGUCAGAGCAGGGACUGGUUCGGAUUCUGUCAGAAGGACGCCUGCGGGGUGUUCGUGACCGGCGGAACCCGGGUGGGCGGGACGUGCCCGCAGCCGUGGGAGCUCGAAUCCUCCGACCCCAGCGUCUCCCUCAACUGCGGUAAGCGGUGGGACCAGUGCGGGGGUACCGUCGCCGUGGACUUACCCGAGCCCACCACGAACGGCGGCGGCGGCGGAGACACCGUCAUUCACGUUCCUUUCGACGGCGCGAGGUGCUGCCGCCGCGGUCUCGCGUGCGUCGAAGCCCCGGAUCCCGACGCCAGCCCGGGGACGGCUUUUUACCAAUGCGUCCCGGAUCCGACGGUGAGUAACGGAGACGGCGGGAACCAGAUGGAAGUUCGCACGACGACGAUCCCGUCCGAGGUGAUCGACGAGUACCGGGAGACGAACGACGCGGAGACGGAAUGCGCGGCGGCGUGGGGCCAGUGCGGCGGCACCGCCGGCUACCUCGGGCCCACCUGCUGCGAGGGCGCCGCGCCGUGCGUCCCUUUGAACGAGUACUAUGCCCAGUGCGACCCGACGGGUUGCGCCAGAUCGCUGCAGCAGUGCGGCGGGUACGAUCACGACGGUUCGCAGUGUUGCGCGCAGGGCCUCGAGUGCGUGGUCCGCACCGAGGGGUUCCACCAGUGCGUGGCCAAGAGGAUCGUGGCUCGGAACAAGCGCACCGGUCGCGAGGAAUACGCGCGACGCGCCGAGGACGGUAAGCUCGUCGCCGAGGCGCGGGGCGAGCGAUGCGUGCGCGAGUUCGGGCAGUGCGGCGGGUUCGCGUCGGCGAUGAACGGGUUCGGCGGUUCCUGCUGCGGGCCCCUACGGUGCGUUAAAAAGAACGAUUGGUUCUCUCAGUGCGAGCGGUGCGUGGGGACGUACGGCCAAUGCGGCGGCGGCGACUACUCGGGGGGAACGUGUUGCGCCUCGGGGGCGGACGAGUGCGUGGAGGUGGACGAGUACUUCUCGCAGUGCCGGCCGAUGGCGUCGGGUGAGGGCGUCGUCAGGUGA